UGUGUCAAGCGCUCUGAACUGGAUGACGAUUCAGCUACGUGACUAGGGCAUAAUUACACAAAAAAUACAUUUUAGUGCGGUCUGAGGAGCCGUUUAAUGCAAUUUAAUUUGGGGAUAUUGAAGCUGAGACAUACCUGGAAUCGAAAAGUGCUGAAGGGAGACCCUAACAUCCAACAUUCAGCACUGAUUGAAUGAGAAUUCAUUUAUCGUCACCACAUGGAACCCAUUCCCCUUGCUGAGCAUAUGAAGAUCCUUACUGACCACUGUAAUUGGACAAAAUACUAUUAAUGUGUGACCAAAGUGCGGAGAUGCCAGGUGGAGACAGCGGUCCAGAUGGGGAGGAGCCUGCGUUACUGUUGGCCACACAGGGCCAUGGGCAAGAGAGGGUGCCAUCAGGGCAGCUGGAAGGAGGGGCACAGUCUGAGCACCUCAGGGGAGAGGAGAGCGGAGGUUCAGGUGGAGAGGUGGGGCAGGAAGACGAGGAGAUGACGAGCGGUUCGCAUGACCUCUCCUCCUCAGCCAAUCAUAGCCCUGGUAGCACCAUAGGAUCCACCUCAGUCUCCACCAAGAGCAGUGAGCAUGUAAAUGGUGGAAAGGAGCAGACUCACAGAGAGGUGAUGACCACAGUGGCUGAGAUGAAGAAGAGGCUUCCAUCAGAUAAACGCAGCCGUAGCAAAGCUAGCACUGUGGAGGCCUUACAUUACGCACUUAACUGCGUCAAGCAAGUACAAGCCAAUAGUGAGUACUACAAACUGCUGAUGAAAAACGGCCAGGACGAGAGGAGAGAUGCCACUGUCUGCACCCUGGAAGAGUUGGAGAGAGUCACCUCUGAACAAACCCUAACCCUUAAAAACACGGACUCGUUCAUGGUGGUUUUCGCACUGUCGAGCGGCCGUGUGCUGUACGCGUCAGAGCAGGCUCCCAGCAUCCUGUGCUGCAAGAGGAAGUUCCUGGAGUCGGCCAAGUUUGUGGAGCUGCUCUUUCACCAAGAUGUAAAUGUCUUCUAUUCACACACGGCGCAGCCACAUCUGCCACCCUGGAGCAACUCACACACAGCAGGCGUUUUGUUUGACUGUGCCCAGGUCAAGUCUUUCUUCUGCAGAAUCAGGGGUGGGAAGGACCGUGAGGGUGAGAUGCGUUACAACCCGUUUCGGAUCACACCUUAUCUGCUGAAGGUGCAGGGAACAGGAAGCAGUGGGGACGAGGAGGAGCCGUGUUGCUUGGCUCUCGCUGAACGAAUCAUCUCUGGAUAUGAGGCACCUCGGAUCCCCAUGGACAAGCGAAUUUUCACCACGACACACUCACCUGGGUGUGUUUUCCUGGAAGUGGAUGACAGGGCUGUGCCAUUGCUUGGAUACCUUCCUCAGGAUCUGAUUGGCACAUCGUUGCUGACCCACAUUCACCCAGAGGACCGACCCCUCAUGCUGUCUAUGCACAGGAAAGUGUUGAAGUAUGCGGGCCAGCCUCCAUUUGAGCACUCGCCGGUGCGUCUGCGCUGUCAAAAUGGAGAUUACAUCACCUUGGACACCAGCUGGUCGAGCUUCAUCAACCCUUGGAGCCGAAAGGUGGCCUUCAUCAUUGGAAGGCAUAAAGUCAGAACGAGUCCACUGAAUGAGGACGUGUUUGCUGCUCGGCCUAAGGAGUAUUUCCCAAUCACACAUGAAGAAAUAAAAGAUCUGCAAGGAAAGAUCUAUAAACUCUUCCUGCAGCCGGUCCAUAACAAUGGUUCCAGUGGUUACGGCAGUUUAGGAAGCAACGGCUCUCAUGAGCAUUACAUCAGCGUAGCUUCUUCCAGUGACAGUAAUGGUAACCUGUGGGAGGAUGCACAUCGGGAACCGAUGACUCUGCACCAAAUCUGUGCUGAGGUGAACAGUGUCAAGAGUUGGGGCCAACAAGCCUAUCGGGAUUCCAGCCACAAAAUUGCUCUUCUUGGUAAACCUGCCACAGCACGUCAGCCCCCUGGAGCCUCAAAGCCUGAGGUCAGAGAUCGUGAAGAAGGCAGGAAGCAAACACACAUUCCCUCCUACCAGCAGAUCAACUGUGUGGACAACAUUAUCAGAUAUUUGGAGAGCUGUACAGGUCCAGCCCUUAAGCGGAAGAGUGAAUCUCAAUCCCUGGCCACCUCUUCUUCCUCAUCGUCUACCUCAGAAGAUGACAAGCCCGCUGGAGCCACUGACACAGCUCAGGCCAACUCAGAUGUGGUGGUGUUGAACGGUAAGGUGUCGGUGGGCACUACAGCAGCAGCAGUCGUUGGAGCACCUCUAACAGACAUCACCAUGUCCACCAAGGCCAUGAGUGUGGUCUCUGUCACCAGCCAGUGUUCAUACAGCAGCACCAUCGUCCAUGUACCCCAGCCUGAAUCAGAGGCCACAGCACUGGAGGAUGCCCCAAUGGGCAGUGAGCCCACCGAUGCUCCUCCGACCUCUGUCCGUACAGCCCCGAGCCCUGCCACAGAAGAGAAAAGGUUUGUAGGUCUCACCAAGGAGGUACUAUCGGCUCACACCCAGAAGGAGGAGCAAGAAUAUGUGGAUCGAUUCCGCCAUCGCAUCCUCCAGAGCCCCUACAGUUCCCAUCUGCAGCUGGACAACAGCUCUAUGGCUCACUCCCACCACCGAGGUGACUAUGUGCGUCCAGUGAGUGCUUCUGGGUGGAACUGCUCUCGGAGAGGAAAGCCCAGACCCAAGCGCCCUAAACCACAGGGCUCCUCAGACAGCUACACCUCCCCAGCUGGUCCGCCUCGCCAUGUUCCUAACUCCUGGCCCUCCUCAGAGUCCUCCCAGCCCCAUAUGUGUUCGCCCUACAACCAGGCAUCUCCACUCCAGGCGCCAUUCUUUCCCAUGAUGGCUACCCAACCUGUCCCACAGCAACCACCUGCACCACAACAACUACCUGGAGCCACUCCUAUGGUGUUGCAGCCUCCUGACCAAACCCAGCUCAGCUACAACUUCAACAUUAAGCAGUCUACUCAGAACCUGCCAGGCAUACAACCAAUCCAGAUGGAGCCCAUCCAGAACCUGCAGAACAUUCAAAACUUCCACACGCUACAGGCCAUGGCUCAAGCCCAGAACAUCAAUCCUUACAUGACUCCAGUCAUGGCUGUCAUCCUGCCCAACUUCCAAACUUUCACUCCAGCCUACCCGUCCAUUUACCCACCGUCCACCCCCUCUUAUCUGCCCCAAGCACCGAUCAAUAUGACAGGAUUUGCCCCGGACAGUGCCCCCUUUGUUCAGCCCCAAUUCCAAUGUCAGCCUGGCCCCCAAUCACAGACCUCCCCAGGCCUUCUGCUUUGCUCACCCAGAGCCAGCUCCUCUAUUGGGGAAGAGGAGGAGGCAGCUGGCCCCCGGGCUUUGUUCUCCAGCUCUCGCUCAAGUUCUCCCCUUCAGCUCAACUUGCUGCAGGAGGAGCUGCCCAAGCUGAGUGAAGGGCAGAGUAGCACCGGGCACAACCACGCUGAGAGCCUCCACGAACAACACACUAACGAGGGUGGCGCCCCUAGUGAGUCUGGGAACCAUGAUGCCCAGUCAACAACCAGCGAGCUGCUUGAACUGUUGCUGCAGGAGGAUGCCAGGUCUGGGACUGGCUCAAAUGCCUCAGGGUCUGGGUCAGGGGAGUCUGGCUCACUAGGAUCUGGAUCUGGCUCCGGCUCCAAUGGAACCUCCACCUCGCACACCGGCAGCAGCAACAGCAGCAAAUACUUUGCCAGCAAUGAUUCAUCAGACACAUCACGCAAAGCUCGCAAGAGCCAGGAAGCACCGGCAGAACACCAACACACCUUCAACACUCAGGUGGAGAACUCGCUGUGGGGCAUGAUCCAGCACACUCCGGAGCGCGUCAUGAUGACGUACCAGAUCUGCACCAGGGACCAGAAUGAGGUGCUGGCAGAGGACCGAGAGAAGCUGCGGGUUCUUCAGCCCCUCCAACCCUGGUUCAGCCAGGAGCAGAGAGAGGAGCUGGCUGAGGUUCAUCCCUGGAUCCAACAGCACACUAUCCCACAGGAGAUAGACACACAGGGUUGUGUGAGCUGCAGCUCAGGUGCAGUGGGGGCCCACCCCUCUCACCCCCCCGCCCCCGAUAGCUCGUCCCCUUUGGACAGCCCUCAGCAGGAUUCAAUUGGACCUGGGGUAGACACUUGAAAGACCCAGCACCCAAAACAACAACAACCAACCACCCUGCUCACAGUGAAACCAGCCCUGCCUGAAAACCUCGACAAUUCCCACCACACAUCUCUUCUGACCAAUCUGGAGGAGUGGGUUCCUACGCUUUAGUUUAUCUUGAUUUGUAAAGGUGUCAGAGGUUGGACCAGGCCCUGAAGGGACACAGGAGAUGAGGAACAUGGGCAUUUUUACUGGCAUUUACUCUAAGUCAGCCUAAAGUGACUGCCUUUAUUGGACCAUGAAUAUUAUACCUCUCUUCUUAUUGUGUUUAUAGAGCCUCUGUAAGGCUUAGUUUGUAUUUAAUACUGACCACAUCCUUUGGCACCACUUGAUGCCCAUUAUAGGAAACGGGGUCCUAUGGUUGCUGCCCCCUGAACAUGAUCACUGUGUACACCAGCUGUGACCAGGUGAUGAGACAAAGACAGUGCUGGCCCAGUUGGAGUAUCAGAACACACGUCAGACUCUUUCUUCACUGACAUGGUUGUACAGUAUGUAUACCACAUCAACUCCUUCAGUGACAUUACCACAGUUGACACAUGGUAGCUUGUUUUUUGUUUUGUUUUUUGGAGGGGGGGGGGCGUUUGGAUGGACACUAAGACAAAGACACAUUUGCUGCUCUGUUUAUAAUGUUCAAAUUCUAAUCUUGUAAAUUAUUUGUUACUGGAGUGUAUUCUCUUAUUCCAUAGGUUGGUUUUCUCUCGUCCAGAAUAUCUUUUUUUUUUUUUUGUGUGUGUUAUUUUGACUCAUGGACAACAGCAAACAUGUUGAUCAUUGCAAAUUGAAUUUGGAGCGACCACACAAGUCCCACUUUCAUUGCUUAAAGCGUCCAGUACUGAGUCCUUUCUCUGCCCAGUAUCCUGGUCAUCAACUGCACAGUACCUGUAGCUGACCUCUAAUUGUAAAAACACAGCGUGGCCCCAAAUUUCCUCUGAUCUUGGGUUUACUUAUUGAAUGAAUUUCCUCUUAGACUCUGUUUCUGUCUGUUUGACUGGCUGUGUCAGUGUGUGUCUGUGUGUAAAUGUGUAAAAAAGAGAGGCAGAGAGGAAUUGACAAACCCGUUGUAAUUCUGUGAAUGUUGACGUUCUUUUUCUUGUACUGGAUUCAGAUUACAGUCGAGCUUGUGUGUGUGUGUGUGUGUGUGCGUGCGUGUGUGUGCGUGUGCGUGUGUGGAUUGAUUGAGAGCUGCUUCCUUCGAUACAGUUGUCCAUAAACGCAAGACAGACCAGGGUUUUCUACGGUUUUUAGAUUGAAAGUAUAUUACAGUACCAUGUAUUUUAUAGAAAAUGUACACAAAACAGAACUUCACAAAAGUGUAUAAAAAGCCAUUUGUCUUGAAUUCAGGGAGUUUGUGACACAAAGGAAUGAAUAAAUGAACUAUGACCUAAUGUGUCCUUCAGUGUGAUUUAUUAACACUAAUGGAUGAUGUACAACUUCUACACCCAUCAGAUCUACCAAUAGUUGCAGACUCAACAAAAAAACGUAAAAAGAAUCAGCAACCAAGUACGUACAUGAUUUACACCACAACCGAGGAGGUAUACCUGAGGACAC